ACAUCGCCAAUGAUUGGCUAUUUUAUCGUUUGACAGCUCAUUCGACUGACCUCAAAGGGAAAAAUACUGAAUUGUCAUUUUGACAUUUACCCACUUUCCUUGCAGAAAAAGAGUAAAUUAGGAUUUUGUAACCAAAUGUCUACCUUUUUUCACCAGGCGGGGACGGCAAUGGAGUGCCUCAGUAUUCCCAUCACCCUACACAAGGAAUCUGUCUUGGACCAUGAAGGGAGAGAAGUGCAUAGAUGUGGCUUCAAAAUUGGAGGAGGGAUUGACCAGGAUUUCAGAAAGAGCCCUCAGAGCUACUCGGAUAAUGGAAUCUAUGUAACUGAAGUGCAAGAAAGUAGUCCAGCAGCAAAAGCUGGUCUCCGGGUGAAUGACAAAAUAUUGCAGUGUAACGGGUACGAUUUGACCAUGUGCACUCACAAGAAGGCUGUCGACUACAUCAAGAAAUAUCCUGUCUUGAACAUGCUAGUGGCACGUAAAGGAGUGACACAUUCUUGAAUGCCGGACUGUUUGGAAAACGUGGACCAUUAUCAGCUUUACAUAGAUAUUUAUAUAUUAUUUGUGGGGGAAAAGAAAAAUCCUUUGGUACAUCAAAUGACGUCAAUUUUGCUUUUUCACUAUCUGGUUUUCAUUUCUAGUUAGCGCGCUUUUCUUCUCAUUUAUCUUCUAACGCAUGCUCCAAAAUCGGAGGAAAAAAAAAAGUCGCAAUACGUUGUAUCGUGUCGUUCCAGUGCCAAAGUUCCCUUAGAUUGAUAUUGUACUCCUUUCGUGGAAUGGGUUUUUUUCGUUUUUUCGCUUUUUCUUGUUUUUUUGUCCUUUUUUUUUUUUGGUUUUUGUUUUUCUCGCGAAGGGACGAAUCGCGUGCGUUAUUUUGCUGACUGACUGGAGUCGAUCAUUGAACUUGUCAUCUUUCUGUCUGUAAAACUUGCUUUCAAAUAAAAACUUUACGAAACCAG